CCCCUGCCACUCUUUCACUCCUAUCCCAUCUUUCUUUCUUUCUGCAACAACUACAAGAAAAUGGCUAGAAAUCCGUACUCUCUCUUUCCCAUUCUAUUUCUCUCUUCCCUUUUUAUCGUCUCCGCACUUUCUCGCAGCUUAUCACGGACUCCCUACGCAACAACCCUUCUAGAUGUCUCCUCUGCUCUCAAGCAGAGUCUCGAUAUCCUCUCUUUCGACCCAGAAAAUUUCAAAUCCGAAGCUGUUCCUCAGCAGCAACAGGAGACCGUCGUUGCAACUCCUUCUUCUCUGUCUCUUGAGCUGCACUCUCGCGAUACUCUCCACAAGAUCCAACAUGAGGACUAUAGGAGCCUAGUUCUCUCCCGACUCAAGCGCGACUCAUCCCGAGUCGCCGCUCUCAACGCCAAGCUUGAACUCGCUCUCAACAACGUUAACAAGUCAGAGCUCAAGCCCGUCGGUGACACCUUGUUCAGACCCGAGGAUUUAUCCAUUCCGGUGGUUUCCGGGGCGAGCCAAGGAAGCGGAGAGUACUUUUCCCGGAUCGGAGUUGGAAGCCCGGCGAAGCAGUUUUACAUGGUGCUCGAUACUGGCAGCGAUGUUAAUUGGCUCCAAUGCGAACCUUGUACGGAUUGCUACCAGCAAACCGACCCGAUUUUCAACCCGUCUUCUUCCUCCUCUUACUCUCCUCUCUCUUGCGGUUCUCCGCAGUGCGGGGCUCUGGACAUGUCUGGGUGUCGCUCCGGUAGCUGCAUCUACCAGGUGUCGUACGGAGACGGGUCUUUUACGGUGGGGGAAUUCGUGACUGAAAAGUUGUCGUUUGGAAACUCAGGGAGUAUAGACCGUGUCGCUCUGGGUUGCGGCCAUGAUAAUGAAGGGCUGUUUGUCGGUUCUGCCGGGUUGUUAGGCCUGGGUGGCGGCUUGUUGUCCCUUACUUCUCAGAUCAAAGCGUCGUCGUUUUCUUAUUGUUUGGUGGAUCGUGACUCGGGCCGCUCGUCGAGUCUCGAUUUCAACUCUGUCUCAGGUUCGGACGGAGCCACCGCUCCUUUGCUGAGAAACCGCAGAUUCGACACAUUUUAUUACGUUGGACUCACUGGUUUCAGCGUCGGCGGGCAGAUGCUGUCGAUUCCGCCGUCACUUUUCCAGGUGGAUGAGUCGGGGAACGGCGGGAUUAUCGUCGAUUGUGGAACCGCCGUUACUCGGUUGCAGACUCAGGCGUACAACUCACUGCGAGACGCGUUCGUGAGUAUGGCUCGGGGAUUGAAAUCUACAGGCAGCGUGGCUCUAUUCGACACGUGUUACGACUUUUCUUCGCUGACGCAAGUCAGGGUCCCAACGGUGUCGUUUCAUUUCUCUGGCGGUAGGUCCUACGAUCUGCCGGCCAAAAACUACCUGAUUCCGGUUGAUUCCUCUGGUACCUUCUGCUUCGCCUUUGCUCCAACGUCGUCGUCGUUGUCGAUCAUCGGAAAUGUCCAGCAGCAGGGGACACGUGUCAGCUAUGAUUUGGCUAAUAAUCGUGUCGGGUUCACCCCGAAUAAAUGUUAGAUAGUGGCAGUGGCAGAAUUUCCCGGUUCUUGCCUUUUUCUAUUUUAUUUUUAAGCUAUUAUUUAAAAAAAAAAAAAAAAAAGGAAAAAGAGAGUAUGAGUUUUUAUAAUUUUCUAUUUCAUAUAUUAGGAAAGAUAAAAUUUUAAUUAUUUUUUUAGGUUAUAUUUAUUUAAAGAUAUGUUCUUAGUGUGUGGAGGAGAUAGAUAAAAGUAGGGCCCACCAGAGUAAAUCCUCAAAAGCUCCUUUGGAUGAUAUCGUGGGCCAUCCCGAUCGGGUUUCUAUAUAAAUUGUAACAUUCCGUAUUCUUCCGUUCACUAGUUCAGUGGCAUGUGUAGUAAAUUGCUUCCAA